GCAAAAAUGCGAAGUCGAUCUGACUGCAUGGGUACAUUGUGUGCUAUUACACUUGCGUAUUGAUCGGGAAUACUUGUGGUUUACAAAUAUAUGUACACUUGUAAUGCGAUAGAUCACCGAUCGAUGUCUGUGGAAUUGUAUUCAAAGCUGUCUAAAGUUUGAACGGUGUUUUCUGCUUCUGGUUUGAAAGAAAGUAGAAGUUGACAAGCAUGUUCCCUGAAAUUUGAGGUGCAAGGAGUAGUGAUACAAAGUAUAUCUUCAAAGACCGUUCUUUCAAAAGUGAUGAUAUUUCUUCGAGGGGCGCAUGUGAAAUCUAUAGCCACCGGAAAUGAUUUGUGACUUUGCCGCCACUUUGCCGUCAGUAUUGGAAUAGUAGUUCAUUGCUGCAUUAUCAACGCUUAUUAAGAACUUAUUUUGAUACAGCAAAGUGCUGACAGCGUAAUCUCACUUGUCAUGGAUUUCUUUCAAUCUUUAAUUUGACAUUUCUUUGGCCCAUUCUUGGUCAGCAGUUGCAGUUUGGACGGAUCUUGCUUCAACAUUAUACCUGAGCAAAAAAGACGUGCUGAUGCCUCAUAGUACUAUCAUUCCUAUUUUGGGUUCUAACUUUUAAUAUAGAAACAAAAAUACAUUGACAGGAUGGUUCUACAUAAUGUUAAAGAUUUUAUUCCUUUGCACCUGUGGAAUAAGGAAAUCUAUAUGUGACCUUCGUCUUCCUGGAAAGCAUUCAAAUACUUUGGAUAUUCUUUGCAGAGAAUAAUCUUCUUUGUUAAUGAUUAUCAAUUCUUCAUCGCCAUUGUCUCCUAUUACGAUCCCAUUACUUAAGUCUUACAGCGAGCGACUAUAAAUUGAUUAUUUUUGUUCAUGUUAUAGAUGGAUGCAACGAACUUGAAAAUCACGCUUGAAUAGGGGUAUUGAUGUUCAUUGAGGACCCAAGGGGUACUUCAACGUUCCCCUAGGGCAGUUUUCGAUCCCCCUUUCCUUUAUGCGGAGAUUAUAAGCAGGAUGUUUGACAACGCUUCUCAAUAACAUACUUUUUUGUUCCCGUCAACGGUGGGCGAUGGGAUGCUGUAAGCUGCAGUUUCAUUGGAGAUAUUCGUGUUAGUUAUCAUAUUAAUUAUUAAAAGAAACUUUGGAAUAUAAUAUAUUUCGCGACGUUCUUCGUGUCAGCUUUAAUUCUCCCGCGACGCUGUAAUAAACCUCCGUUGCUAGGUAUACAGGGCAUUUGAGUGGCAGAAGGAACGAAAGACCGCACGCACACGCACACUUCGGCUUGAUCAUGCUAAAAUAUUAACGAGGGGAAGGUGCAUUUCCUUUUAGCUUAUGGAUAACCAAUAAAAGAAUAUCACUACUGUUUGUUGUUGGACAAUGGCUGCUUGGACCAAACUAAGAUUGUGUUAAAGUAUCAAUUCUCUUCGAAACAUAAGUGAUAUUAUUGGUGAAUGAUAUUGCACCAUCCGAAGACUUUGCCUUGGUUUUGAUUUGGAGUUGUUCACGUGAGGAAUAAUUUGAAUGGGUUAGUGAAAACUAUUUCCCGAAUGGUAGCAGACGACAAAGACUCGGGAAGGGAGGAAGGCAUCCCCAUCUCGCCGAGAAUACAAAUAAUGCAUCUUCCAAGAUUGCAAGGCGGCGGACAAGUCAAAUGGAAGCCAUCCGAAAAGAAACGUCCCAAUCACUCGUCAUCCAUCCAACUUCCGGCUGUCUACGAAACAUGGAAGGAGCCCUCUCGCGUCAACCGUCGGAGAACGCAAGCUGCCGCUGCAUUAGCCGCCGAAGCGAGGAGGUCUUCGCGAAGUGUGCCGACCAUUUCCAGGCGAGACAAGACAGAAAGUCCCGAACGGGUUUCCAACUCUGCCCCCUCUUCCAAGCCACGCCCUAGUAACCACGAAAGACACAACUCGGAGCCAACGUCAUCGUCGAAGAAAACCGCCACCGCACCCCGACUUCCUAAAAUUAACACGCUUGUCGCAGGAGCUCCCGAAUCAAACUCAUCCGUCGACUCGCCAGCAUCAUCGCAAAAGCCAAAGCACAGCAAGCCGAAAGAUGCGGGCAAGAAAACUACCUCUCCCUCCCCGACCAAGAAAACCCCCUUGCCCCUCUCCCCAAAGGAACCAAAGGCUCAUGAGGAGGCAACACAAGCUAAAGGGGACAGGUCAAAAAUCCACGCGGAAGAAAACAACCAUGUCGUGACGAAAACCAGCAAAGAGUUGACACAAUCAAAAAAGCUUCCCUCCGAAGGUUUACCUCGCAUUGAAAAGGAAAACAAUGUUGGAACAGUGCAUAAAGAUGGACCAAGUGUAAGAUUAAAAGAUUCGAACACAACAACUUUAACUGAGCGAAAGAAAGAGGAGAAACAUGAAAAGGCUAAAAGCAAUUCUACGAGCAAGGAACCAAGUGAAGAAUAUCAAAGGACGAAUACGACUAAGGGUGAUAGUGAUGUGAAUAUUACUGACCAAAGCGCAAAGGUUUCGAAUAAACUUCCAAAGAGGACCGCGGAGAGAACUACGUCCGAAAAGAAACAUGAAAAUGUUAGCCAUAAACCUGUAUCGGAAUCCCGCAAGGAUAAAACCGCGUCUAAAUCUUAUCAGGAUAAUAAAACAAGAACGUUGGAAAGCCGCGAAGCGCUCGCAAAUAGAACGCAUGCACAAUCGCAUACUAAGUCUACUCUCUGGAAGCAAAGACUUAACGAGAGUCCGACAAAGGCUCCGCCGUCGAGGCCGACAAAUAGCAGGAUAGGUACCGGCUUCAGUAGCAGAGUGAAUCCCCGAUCGAAGUCGGAGCUGGGACGUUCAAAACCACCCAUGCAGCGACGUCGCACGAAGACCGGGUUCUUCACAUCCAGUGGCGAGUUCGUGACCAACGACGAAGACGGGAAACAGAGCGAAGUCAGCGCGGAGACAUCGCGCACCAAACGAACGGAAGCGACGACGACGACGCGGAGAAGCAACGUAAGUGGCUCGACGACGUCAACAAAAUCGUCGUGGAAAUCCACAACCAGCAGCGAGACAUCGAAGAAACCUUUAAGACAACGACCAACUAUCAUUACGAAGAAGACGUUAGCAAGGCAGAAGUUCUACAACUCGGUGUACAAUAACCAGCAUUACAAGAUUCAACGGCAGACGGCAUUUCUGAAGAAGGUCGAAAAAGCUCAGUUGAAGAUUGAUGACGAAAAGACCCGAGAAAUCGCGAAUGCACAGGAAAGGAAGCACGAGAGUGUCGUGCGGCAGUACCAGACGUUGAAGCACAUACGAGAUAAAUUUGACGAGGAACAAGUGAAGAGGUUUUCCCGCCAAUAUGUCUCCUGGCGAAGCGUUGAAGAGGAUCGUCUGAAUAGACAGAGUUCGAUGUAUGGCCUGCCAGACAAUAUCUACGAAGACAGAUAUGACAAGACGUUGAAAGAGAUUCCCAAAGUGAAGAAGCCCAAACCCAAAUCAAAUCCGAAAUCAGACAAGAAGUUUUCCCGCUACGUCCGCUGGGUGAAGAACAUCAGGCGAUUUGAACGGAUUCUGAAGCCAAACAUCGGGGCAGGACUCGAGGACUCGAUGCUUCGCUCGACCCAUGGAGCUCUGGUAGAAGGGAGGGACAUCGUGGAGCUUCACCAGUCGAAUGACGAUGCCGCCGCAGCGAAAGGAGGAGAAGGUCCGAAAAAGACGAAGAAAAUAGUGAAGGUUAGAAACGUGAUCGGAUCAGCAAAACGUCUUCUUCAAGCUACUCAGGAUAUGGACGCAAUCAGCGAGGUUUCUAAUGAGGAUGCUUUUGAUGACGACGAUGGCUACAGUGACGUAUCAUCUUUAGACCUUAGUGAUGACGAGUAGAACAUAAAAUCGUGCUGCCACUUUAUAUUUGCAACAGUGGUUGAUCAUGAAUCAGCGUUCUUCGUCUUCUUCUGAGCAAUGAUCGAAGAUCUUAAACUUAACAUCAUCGGUACUUUUUUCAUUCUAACUCGUUUUUACUCAGUUCGGGAUUUGAUGAAAUUCUUAGUCAACUCGUAAUCUAAGUAAAUAUGAGAGCAGAAUACAACUACAAGUAAUCGUAUGGUCAUUCCAACAUCAAAAGAAAUUUCUCAUUACUCGACUCUCACAAUUAUCUUAUGAUGAUACCUUCAUUUUAUGAGUUGGUGAGCGUGAUGUUGUCAAUACCAAUUAUGCAAUGGAAUUUUACAUAAACCGACAUGGAAAGUUCUUUCUAGCAUUAUAUAAUUCUUAUCAUCAAAUUGUUCAACUCAGGUUAUAUUUGACUUCUUCCAAUUGUCUGGAAAAUGCAUGCACAUGUAUAUAUUUCAAAAAAAUUAACGGUCGAUCGUGAACGAUAGCGAUUGACUUGAAGGUGUUCGAGAAGAUGGGUGGU